CAGCAUCUGUAGUAGAAUUCCGAGAUUUACUUUGAAAAUAUUUUGUAUUAUUUAACAAAAUUAUCGGUGAUAAACGAAAACUUACGUUGACAAAGUGAGUAUUGGUCUUUUGAAAGUCUAAUUAGAACGCCGUUUUGUAAUUAGAAUCCUACAGUUCAGGAGCUCGAGAAUAGCACGUCAAAAAGAUGGAUAUAAGCGACAGCUUUGAUCAUCAACAGCAACAACCGCAACAAUCCGAUAAUCUACAACAGCAACAUCAACAGCUACAAAUGCAAUGUGAACCUACUUUUCAAGCACAAAUGAUCAAUCCUGCAGCCACGCCCAUGCCGGUGCCAUUUGCUGCACCAGCUACAAAUGGAUUUGAACCAACAACGAUAAAUCCAUCAUCUUCGCCUCCUUUCUUGUCUUCUGGUCAAGCCAUUCCUUUACCACCACCACCGCAAAUGAAAUCACCUCUAAUACCACAACUGCAACAACAACCGCAAGGUUUAGAACAACAACAUUUCUUAUUACAGCAACAGCAACGUUUAGGUAAUGAAGUCGAUAUUGACUCAUUACUACUCCAACAAUUUAGCUGUUUAGGUACAACUGAUCAUGAGGAUUUGGUUAGACAAUUCCAAAGCCUUAUGAAUAAUCAAGUAGAUCAAGAUGCGGCUAAAUUCUAUUUGGAAAUGAGCAAUUGGAAUUUACAGACAGCUGUCGGUUGCUAUUUGGAUAUUCAUACUUUUCAAACGCUGCCUUCGAUGAAAAUACUUAACCAAUCUCGACCAAGUGAACAUCAACAGGCGUUUAGACUACAAAACGAUGGUACCAUCGACUGGCCAAACGGAUGCUACUUAACAGCACCUAGUCAAAAGCGGCGCAUUGAAGUGCCAGCUUUAAAGCCAGGAGAAACUUGUGAUAUUUUAGCUGAUAUUCCUCCAACUCAACCGGCGAUUAUGUGGAGACUAUGCACACCUAAUGGUUGGAAUGUAGGAGAACCCAUUUGGAUGGUUCCGCCAGGCAUGGCAGAUUCACAGGCUGAACUUAGUGACCGCAUGUCACAGUUAUUGAUGUCGACAGAUGCGUCCAAUAGUGAAAGUUGUCCACAAGUGAAUGUUGUGAUAUCAGUAAAUAUGGAAUGAAAAGGCGGAUAUUGAGCGAAUGCAGCGUGCGGGAGAGUGUUUAUUUAAAUAAUAUCUAUACAAUUUGUUUGUUUUACAUUUUUAAACGAUGUUCUUUGCAAUGAUCGUUAAUUUUUGCUUUUUUCCCCAUUCUUAUACAUAUACAUACAUAUAAAUGCGUAUA